AUGGCUGCAUCCGAGAAGUCCCUCGUUAAAGAAAUUAGUGAGGAUUUCCUCAGUUGUGCCAUCUGUUUGGAGAACUACAAGAAUCCCACUCUUCUACCGUGUCUUCAUACAUUCUGUCAGCAAUGUUUGGUAACUUUUAAGGCUAAAUCUGGAGGUGUUUUAAAGUGUGCAACAUGUAGAAUGCAAUGCGACACUCCCAUCCAGGAACUAAAGUCGAAUUUCUUUUUAACAAGCCUACUGGACGCAUUCCAGAGACAGAGUCAGCCUAAAACUGACCAUCCACCAAUGUGUGAGUUAUGCCAGGAGAAGACCGCAACACACAGAUGUGUAGACUGUCCUCAUUUUUGCUGUGAUGUAUGUGUUACUAUCCAUGAACGCAUUCUGGCUACGCGUUCUCAUGAAGUGCUUACAAUCGACAAGUACAGAGAGAUACAAUCUAGGGGUCAUCUUGAGGUACAGUCCAAAGUUCUCUGCAGUGAUCAUAAAAACUGCCACUUAGAAUUCUACUGUGAUACAUGUCAGGUGCCUGUAUGCUUGAAGUGUACCAUAGUUAAACACAGAGUUCCUGAACACGUCCAUAGAGACUUACAAGAGGUAGCAGAUGAGUAUAAAACACAAGUGAGGGAAAUGUUAGAACAGUUGAAAGUGAAAGAGAAUCAAGUGAAGGACGAAAAGGUGGCAGCUGAAACUGCAAUAGAAGAAAUCCAAAACCAGUUUGAGGUAGAGAAAAUGAAAGUUAAGAAAAGAGCAGAGGAAUUAAUAGAGAAGGUAAAGAGAGAAGAGAAGAUGCUGAUAGAUGCCUUGGAUGAAAGUGCCACGAUGGGAUUAAAAGAUGCAGCAAUGAACAUUGAUGAGAUAGAAUUCCAACAUGGCAACAUAGCCAGCACACAUCAUUAUCUGGAAAAACUAGUGCAUCAUGGGAAUGCUGUUCACCUACUAUCCACCAGGCUUGAAACAAUGAAGCGUAUAAAAGAGAUGGUUGCUAGGGAAACAAAGCCACAACUCAGUUAUGAUUUUAUUGAAUUCCAGCCAAAAAGUGACCUUUCACAUACACUGAUAGGAGUCGUGAAAUCUGAUGUUUGUCCAUCUAAAUGUACAGUUGAAAACAUCCCAGAACAACUUGUGAAAGGUGAAUCAGUCAACCUGCUCAUCACAGCCAGAGAUUCUAGAGGUAAACAAAUCAUUCCCCGUCAAGAUGUCAAGGUGAAGAUGAGGAAUCCUGAUGCAUCAUGGGAAGACAUUGACAUGUCUGACAAUAACGAUGGGACUUAUCAUGUUAUAUUGACAGGAAAGAUAGAAGGAAAACAGCAAGUUGCCAUAACAACUGGUAAAGUACAUAUACCAGGAUCACCAUUCCAUAUUCCUGUUACCGGAGGAUUGGUACAGACAGUAGGAAACACAGGACAAGGACAGCUCAGCAAGCCUUGGGGACUAACCAUCAACAAUCAUGGUGACUUUGUCACAGCUGAUAAAAGGAAUAACAGAGUGACCAUACAUGACAAAGAUGGAAAUUACAAACAAUCAUUUGAAUUUACUGAUCAGUUUGCAAAGCCAUUCAAACCAUGUGAUGUAGCAAUAUCAGAUGAUAAUGAAUACUUUAUGUUAGAUUGUAAUAACAAACAAGUUGUUGUGAGUGAUGAAAAACGAAAGGUAAUUAGAAAGUUUGGAUGCUCUGAUAAAACAAUUGGAAUAGCAAUUAAUCCUGUUACAAAGAAUGUAUAUGUGAGUGACUAUAUUACACAUUGUAUCACUAAGUAUACGCAGGGAGGUGUCUAUAUUAAUUCAUUUGGGAGAAAGGGAGAUGAACAAGAAGAGUUCAAUGUACCUGGUUUUCUAGCUAUUAACAGUGAAGGAAUGGUGUAUGUGCCAGAUAGCAACAACCACCUUAUCCAGGUAUUUAAUUCUGAUGACCAGUUUAUGUUUGAAUUCUCUUCCACUGGUGACAGUACAAUGAGUUAUCCCAAGGGAGUGGCCAUAGAUAAGAAUAAUUAUGUCUAUGUGAAUAGUGAGAAUAAAGUCACUAAGUAUGACAGCGAUGGUCAGUUUAUUUGUAGGAUUGAUAGGGAUAAAGAUGGACUGAGUAGACCACAUGGUGUAGCAGUGUGUAAUGAUGGUAAAAUAGCUGUAUCUGAUAAUAAUAAUAACUGUAUCAAAGUGUUUGUAGAGUAA